AUGGCCGCCGCGCUGACCGACAUGGCCGACCUGGAGGAGCUGGCCCGUCUGAGCCCCCCGGGGGCGGCGGCGGCGGCGGCGAGGGGGGACGACGACGACGACGACGACGAGGAAGAGGAGGACGAGGAGCGGGAGGAGCGGCCGGUCCUCGGCCGCGCGGCCGCGGCGGAGCCCGCCCCGGGCAGCGACCGCCGGCACCGGCGCCACGACGACGAGGACGACGACGAGGACGAAGACGAAGAGGACGACGACGACGAGGACGACGACGACGACGACGCGGAGCGUGGGUUCGGUCCCGGCGGCGGGGCGGACGGCUCGGGCCCGCCCGGGGGAACGCAGCCCCCCCGGACCCGGACCCGGCCCCGGACCCCCGGACCCGGACCCGGACCGCCCGCCGGGGCGACAGGACAAGGAGCGGCCGCGGCCGCCGCCUCCAGUGGAGGAGGAGGAGGAGGCGGCCUGACUGUCCCCGCGGCGGCGGCGGCGGCGGCGGCGGCGGCGCCGGGCGGGGGGCGUCGGGGCAGCCUGGAGAUGUCGUCGUCCGACGGGGAGCCCCUCAGCCGCAUGGACUCCGAGGACAGCAUCAGCAGUACGAUCCCGGACGCGGACAGCACCAUCUCCAGCGGCCGGUCGACGCCGGCCAUGAUGAACGGGCAGGGGAGCCUGGCGGCGGGGGCCGCGGCCAACAAGAGCGUGGCUUACGGCUGCUGCUGGGAUCGCUGCCAGGCCCGCUUCGACUCCAGCCCCGACCUGGCCGACCACAUCCGCGCCAUACACGUAGAUGGUCAGCGAGGAGGGGUGUUCGUCUGCUUGUGGAAAGGCUGUAAAGUGUAUAACACUCCCUCCACCAGUCAGAGUUGGCUGCAAAGGCAUAUGCUGACGCACAGUGGAGACAAACCUUUCAAGUGCGUCGUGGGAGGGUGCAACGCCAGCUUCGCGUCGCAGGGCGGUCUGGCCCGCCACGUGCCCACGCACUUCAGCCAGCAGAACUCCUCCAAGGUGUCCAGCCAGCCCAAGGCCAAAGAGGAGUCGCCCUCCAAAGCCGGCAUCAACAAGAGGAGGAAGCUGAAGAACAAGCGGCGACGUUCAUUACCUCGGCCCCACGACUUCUUCGACGCCCAGACGCUGGAUGCCAUCCGCCACCGAGCCAUCUGCUUCAACCUCUCCGCUCACAUCGAGAGCCUAGGCAAGGGCCACAGCGUCGUGUUCCACAGCACCGUAAUAGCCAAGAGAAAAGAAGAGUCUGGGAAAAUCAAACUUCUACUUCACUGGAUGCCAGAAGACAUUCUGCCUGAUGUAUGGGUUAAUGAGAGUGAGCGCCAUCAGCUAAAAACUAAAGUAGUUCAUUUAUCAAAGCUCCCAAAAGACACCGCCUUGCUUCUGGACCCCAACAUCUACAGAACCAUGCCACAGAAGAGGUUGAAGAGGUAAAACAAGAAGAACAACAAAAGCCAGCAAGCGGGGAACCCUUGCAACCCUGGUGACUGACAAGGGCGUAGGACUCAAGUUGCACGUUGAUCUCCGCCCCCUUGGACUCUUCCUCCUCCUCCUUCCCCUCACCCCCCACCGCCAGUCCUUAGAGCAUAUUUAUGUUCAGCGUGAGUGUCGUGUGAAGGAAAUCGAGGCAUCGGUGGGGUAGACGGAUGUGCCACUGAAGUAUCCACCCUUUCAAGGAAUGAGAUAACGGGAGAUCGGGGAAAAUCCCUUGGCCGGCAAACUUCAGGCUCACCGCUUUACACCACCCCUCCCCUGGAGCAACUACUACAGUGUUUCUUUUCGGACGAAAAGGACAGAUGGUCACCCCCCGCUCAAAGGUGAGACCUCCCCUUGCCGAGGAGCGGAGGUCUUCGGCCCUGACGGCGUCCAUGGCACCUGGAGGUUAAAAGUGCGAUGGUUAAAAGUGCGAUCUCGGGAGGGUCUCGUCACUCAAUCGCUUCGAUCGAUGGAUGUGGUCCGUGGCCACGCCUAGCUCUCCAUUCUCUUUCAGCACUCCAAUAACCGUUUCGGGGGGUUAUUUGAGCCAACUCCCGAGUGUCGAAUAAUCGCAAUUAGCCCGGUUGCAACGUCUAAAGAGUUGGCAGAGUGUCUACCCAGUCACCGUUUGGGGGAACUAAGGUUUACUCACGGAGUAGAAUAUGUUUUAGUACUGACUUUUCUAAUGAAUCUGUUAACGGUUUUUGAAAAACCUCUAUUUCCAGCCAUUGGAUUGCUUUGGAUAUUUUAUUUUCGUUUAUAAGCCUAGAAGAUUUUUUUUUUUUUUGCGAAAGAGCGUUCGAUUGGUUUCGUUCCUGAAUUUAGUCUCUCGAGCUGAGAAAAUUGUAUUUUAUUUUUUUAAAAGAAAAAGAUUCUGGAAAUCAAAUCCUUUAUGCACCAAAGUUGGUUUUUGAAAAGGAAAAUGAAAUCAUUUUCUUGCUUUGGCAAGCAAGGAGCCAUAUGGAAUAAUAAUUAUUUUUUUUUUUAAUUGCAGAAUAGAAAUUUGUGUAACUCGUUAGUCUUGUACGGAGACAGAAAUGUUGCAUAGAGAUAAUAGACCAUUGCUUGUAAAUAAUCCAGCAGAUUUGUAAUAUAUUUUUAUAUUAUGAAACGUACUGUAGAUGUUUUUCUAGAGGCAUGAAAGGUAAAAAUGUAUAUAUUAUGGUAGAAAUAAUAUUGAAGGAUAUUGUAAUUCAGUAGUGCUGCCAGAGGGUUUGUUAAUAAAGCACCUUCCUUAACAAUAAAUGUCUUUUGCAGACUUAAAGGACUAUGUACUGCUACUGUUAAUGUCUGGCGUAAGAACAAAACACAUCAAACAUCCUUCCGGGCAUAUAAUUUAGGGCACUCGUUUUAUGACAGUGACUGAAAUCGGUGAAAGCAGUUACUGACUGUCGGAAGGCCCGACUGAUGGUAAAGUACAUGGUUUUAUGCAGUCAAACUGCCAAGAGAUCUUCCCGAAAUGAGGAGUUUCCCUGAGCGGCUCUGAACAGACGGGCCAGCGGGUUUUUUGGGUGGGUUUUUUGUUUGUUUGUUUCGUUUUUGUUUUGUUUUUUUCCUUGGUUUUUGUUUUUUGGUUGGAUUUUCUUUCCGACAAGGGAUUUUUUUUUCCAACCUGGGCAAAUUGAGGUGUGGUUCUUGGGGCCCAAAAUGGAAGGGGCUGGGAUUCAAGAGAGGUUUCACCCACGGGCCGGUGACCCAGGGGAACUUGCUGGGUUCCGAAGGGUUAAGGAUUCAUGAGAACGUGAGACUUGGGGAUCAUGGAAUGAAAUGAAGUGCAAAUAAAAAGCACCACUAAUGUAAGACAUUCUGGAACGGUUGUUUGAUAAGGGUAUUAUUCAUGCGCGCUGUAGCAAUGUGACUUUUUAUUUAAAAAAAAGUGUGUUUUUCUUUUAUAUUUUGGGUUUUUUUUUCUUUUGCUUGAGCACUUCAUCUACUGCUUUAUUCUAUACCUAUAAAGUAACCUGCAAUCUCCUUUGUUCUUAUUUUGAAUUUGUUAUGAAAUUGCCAAAUAGAAGUGUUUCAGAUAUAUAUAUAUAUAUAUAUAUAGUUUGUAUCUGUAUUUUUUAUUUUAUUGCUUCAUGUCCUUGUAAGUCAUUCAUAAUUGACAGAUGAUUGUAGAACUUGCCUGAGUAUUUUUUCUAAUAAAAAAAAAGCAAAUCAC